AUGGAGACAAUCCUCAUCCAGCAAGUCAACUUAAUGCCCAGCGCAAUUGCGGUAGUGGAUGAGACCCAUACCAUUAGUUACCGGGAACUCAUAAUGAGAGCGGAUAUCCUGGUUGAUCUUCUGCAGAAGCAUUCUCUAGAACCAGAAGAGCCUGUCUGUACAUUCGUCCCGACAGGUUUUUCGCAGGUCCUGGCACAAAUCGCUGUCUUACGUGCUGGAGGGACCUGUGUUCCAAUUGAUCCGGCCACACCUACGGAUCGAUUAAAGGGGAUGCUAGAAGAUUUGGCUACGACGCUCAUAAUUACCAGCGGUGAUUUUGAACCGUUGGCCCUGAAUAUGAACGUCGUUCCUAUUGAAGCAGCUCUGGAUGCACGUGUCGAUAUUGACAAAGAUCAGGAGAUUUCUAUACGCGCCAAUCGCCCAGAGACUCACCGAAGCCAUAUCAUCUUCACAUCAGGUUCUACCGGUCGACCUAAACCAAUUCAAGUCUUGAGCAGUAGUAUUCUCCACGUGCUGAGAAACCUACCUACGGGGCCACUUAGUUCAUCUGAUAGAAUGACUACUAUGCUUAACCCCGGAUUUGAUCUCUCUCUGCUCGAGAUGUGGAAACCGUUAUUGGAAGGAGCAACAGUCGUUCACGUUCCGAACAUCAUACGGAACGAUCCUUUCGCGUUACAAAGCUUUGCAAAGCAGCAAAAGAUCACUUUUACAAUCGUACCCACUGCCCUUUUCGAGGUGAUCGCGCUCACUGCACCGGCGGCGUUUCAUGGAAUGCGGCAUGUCAUCGUCGGUGGAGAGGCUGUCAGUAGCAGUGCGAUGCAUAGUGUACUGAGGGAAAUGCCACCAGAGAAUCUGUGGAAUGGAUAUGGGCCCGCCGAAGCAACUAUCUUUGUCACGAUGGCCCGGGUGGAUCACCAAGAGGUCCAACGCUCGCGCAUCAGUAUCGGGCAGACUUUCGGGGACACAAGAAUCUUUCUUUUUGGUGAUGAUCUGCAAACCAUCCACGAGCCCAGGGUAACCGGGCAACUUUGGAUUGCUGGGCCUCAAAUAUCGCCUGGAUACCUGAACCGACCAGAAGAAAAUAAGAAAAGUUUCGUUUCGGUGGACCUAGCUGGUACAUGCAUACGGAUGUACCGUACUGGAGACCUGGCACAAUGGCGGGACAAGGKAGGGGGKUGUUUGGACUACAUCGGCCGAGAAGAUGAUCAAAUCAAGAUUUCGGGCUACCGUGUUGAGCUUGGGGAGGUGUCGCGUGUGAUCGAGGAACACCCGCAUGUCUACUCGUGUGUGGUAGAUUACCACCAGGAGAAUGAAGUCGAAACCCUGGAAGCAUACGUCAUACUCGCCGACGGGGAGCUGAAUAUCAACACAGAGGAGCUGAUUGACUGGACAAAGAACAAGCUCCCUCCUUACAUGGUUCCAAGCAAGAUCUAUAAGAAGCGAACGAUCCCGUUAACUGUGAACGGGAAAGUUGAUCGUGAAGCUUUGGCAUCGGCCAAAAGUGACCAUGAGACAACCAAUACACCUCAUAUGGAGACGCCAGAUGAGAACGAUGGGCAUACCGGGGACUUGUCUACACGGCUGAUUUCGGCCCUCCAACCAAUGCUCCCUUCAUGGCGUGGAAACCCGUCAGACAACUUUUUCUCCCUCGGGCUAGGCUCCCUUCAGGCAGCCCGAUUCAUCGGUCAAAUUAGACGUGGCCAAGGCAAAGCGAUCACACUCGAACAGCUUUACAGUCACCCAACAAUAAAAAGCCUCGCAGAAUUCUUAGCUGAUCCCCCUGUUGAAGUCAAUCCAGACUCUUCGGAUUGGCGAGGCGCUGAUGAAGGCCGGGUAUUUCUCACUGGAGCCACUGGAUUUCUGGGCGCGCAUAUAUUGCAACAACUUCUUCACCUACCCGGGGUGAAACAGAUCGCUUGUCUAACACGUAGUCAAUCUGGGAUCAGUGCUAGUGCUCGAAUCCAGCAAACACUUGAGAAAUACAACAUAUGGGACAGUCGCCUGGAGAAGACAGAGAAGAUUAUGGUCCUCGAGGGCGACCUGACGGAUCCCAAUUUGGGCCUUGGGGAGAGACAGUUCACUUGGCUCACAAACUGGGCCAGCAUUGUAUUCCACGUGGGUGCGCGCGUUAAUUGGUGUGAACCCUACGAGGCACAUUAUGAACCUAAUGUUAUUGGAACAAGCCACAUUAUCCGCGCUACAACCCUGGGCCGCCGAAAGACAUUGCACUACAUCUCAUCGAUCGACGUGUGGAGCGUCAGUGGAUUUAUCAACAAUGUGGAUCGUGUGGAUGAAGAUGAGCCUCUCAUGCCGCAUAUGAAUGCCGUCCCUUAUGAUACGGGAUACUCCGCCAGCCAGUUCGUGGCCGAGGAACUGGUCCAGAGGACACGAGCCCGUGGAUUACCCACAGCAAUCUAUAGGCCGGGAUUUAUCAUCGGUCACAGUGAAAUCGCGAUUGCCAACGCAAACGACUAUUUUUCCCGCUUGAUAAUGGGUUGUAUUCAAAUAGGGUACUUUCCAGAUCUUGCUACUCAGUACCUGGAGUAUGUGACCGUUGACUAUGUCGCCUCGGCCAUUUUGCGCAUCGCAUCUGACAUGGGUAACCUCGGCCGAGCUUAUCACAUUGUGCCCCCUGACCGGGCCGAGUCAGUCACUUACAACGAUAUUUAUCAGAUGCUUCAAGAUCUAGGCUAUCACGUUGAGAAAAUCGACUAUCAGGACUGGGUGGACAAGGUCCGAGAGUCACCAGGGACUCCGCUCGAAGCGAUGAUGCCAUUAAUUGAGGAACCAGUCUAUGAGGGCAUGACUCGGUUGGAAACUAGCAGGAACACGCCUAUAUACGACCCGCGAAACACAAGUAUUGCCCUGAGAGACAGCCCGGAUGUCAAAUAUGUUGCUCUCAAUUCAAAGUUGUUGCAGCAAUUCAUUCAGAACUGGUUGGAUCAAGGAGAUUUCACUCUCGACUAUGAUCGCACCACGAGAGGCUGA